AGCUUAUAAGACGAAGCCAAAACGAUUACCUUUAUUACUAAAUCCCGAAAUUUGUUUUAAAAGAGGAAACAUUACGGGGCAACUAGAAAAUCAGUAAGCAAUUCUACUUUAAAUAACAAUUUAUUCAUGUCAUUUCGGGCGAGGACAGCUGAAAGCCAUUCAUUUACUGGCUUCGUAGGUCAAGGUAAACAUUAAUAUAUUCGAUUUUCCUUUUCUCCUAUUCCCUUGGAAUAGAUAUCACUGACAACAGUCUGUAGCUUGAAUGAAAUAAGGAAAGGGAUAUUUCCGAAGCAGGAGGGUGGCUGAGACAUAGGGAGACUCAUACAACCCUUACGAGGUAUUUCUUUUUAUCAUUAUUGUUAUUUUGUAGUUUAUGUUUAGGUUUAAAUGUUCUUUGCUGUGUAAACAAACAGUUGGUCGACGUGAUUUUUAUCCAGAAACAUCUUUUUCCUUUGGGUUUUGCACAGUAGUUCAGUAAGGGUUAUUUUCGAGAAUAACCCAAAAUGUGCCCUACUUUGUUUUACCUCUGGAGAAGACAAAAGUGAGGGUUUUCCCGGGCUUCUCCUUCAAAACACGUAAACGCAAGUGCUUUCAACUACGCUGUUGAAAUUUCGUGCAUAGAUAUGCUUCUUACGGUUUAUCAAAAGCACGUUCACAAUAAAAUAAAAUGCAAAUAAACAAGCUGUACAAAAACUAAUCAUUUUCGCUCAACGCACGUCACUUUCGUCAUCUCUAAUUUUAACCAGAGCUUGCUGUCUCAUCGCUGUAUGACCAGUAAUCAGUAGUGAUUUGAACAACAUUCAAUUUCAGAUCUCAAGCAUCUAUUCAGUCAAGGUAGGGAGCUGACGGUUCAAGAGCCAAAACGAAAUACUGCUCAUGUGAUUUAGGUCAAUGUCUGAAGUUUAGAUGUUCGUCAUCCAUCUUGUGAUCGCCGUGUGAUCCAGUGGAAAGGAACUGGAUAGUCACCCACGAGUCAUGCCCUUGAACGUGGAUGAAGAUCUGAGCGCCAAAGAGAACAUGAAUCGGAAAGCGAGAGUCCGGCGUGGAAAUCCUGGAAAAAAAUCAAAUGAAUACAGUUUUGCCUCAGAAGAUACAAAGAUCGCUCCAUGUGAUAAUCAAGAUAUUUCCAAUGUCAACAAUCAACUGUCAAGAAAUUCGGCCAAACGAAAUCUAUCGAAAGAAAUUGACCAAGAAUCGCACAGUGAAACACACGAGUUGUAUGCACGAGAUGAAAAGGGAAACAGAAACGGAAAUAUGGACGGACGUCCCUUUGUUCCUGCCAAGUGCACCUCCACGCCAGCUGUUUUGCCACAAGAUUCAGAUUUUAAACCGAAAUCUCCACAGAAGAAGAAAAAGGCUUGUGAGGAAGGAAAUUCUCUAAAGAGGAUUCCAAGUGGAAGCAAUCUUUCUGAAGGAAACAUUAAUCAUGCAACAUCUUCAACUGUUGUCAGGCAUUUGGCUUUUCCAGAAAACAACAAUGUUGCAAACAAUGAUUUGCUUGAAGAGGAAAAUACAGACAGUGCCAUUUCUGAUGAGGAAAUAGAGAGUGGAUUUGAAAAAUUUAAUAACCGACAGAAAACUCCAAGAAGGCCUGUAAGUGUAAACCGUGCAGAAAACAUUGUCUCUCGCACGCCAACUCCCACACAACAGAAAUACAAGAAGGGGGACAUUGUUCAAACAGAGAAUGGUGUGCGCAAAAAAUUUAAUGGGAAACAGUGGAGACGGCUUUGUUCUCGGGAAGGAUGCAACAAGGAAUCUCAGCGAAGAGGUUAUUGUUCUCGUCAUUUGUCAUUAAAGGGCAAGUCAUUGACAAAAGGAGUUGGGAUUCCAGGACAGAAAAAAGGAAAAUUACAUGGGAAAGAGCUCACAUGGGAAUCUGGAAAUGAAAGUGAGGGAAGUGUGGAAGGAGAAGUAUCCAGCAAAGGAAAUGACCAUUACAGAGACUUGAAUAAUAAAGAAGCAGAAGCGGCUUUUUCAUUGGUGUCGCUGAGUAAUUCCAGGUGUGCAACACCAUUUUCUAACCCAGCCACACCUUUACCCAUUUCACCAGUUCCGGGUCAGUCCCCAUCUCCAUCACCAUAUGGUAACUGCUAUAACCGCAGCUUAACACCAGGCCAGCAUCGUUCCGUAACACCAGUGAAAACCUGGGCUACAACCACACCACGAUCAGGAAGGUCUUCAAGUGCAGAGCUUCGUUCACCAUUCUUCUCAAAUGGUGUGUCAUUGUCAAAUGCAGUUAGUCCAGAUUCUGGUAUUCUCUGUCGUGAAGAGUCUGGAAGUCGUGCUAGUAACACAUCAUCCCUCAUGUCUCCUUUACCAUUGCUCUCACCCAUUACUCCAACAAAGAGAACAUUCUCUCCUAUUUCUCCUCCAGCAGGUACAUGUCGCUCAUUUUCCCCCAUUCCCCGUAUCCCUCCAGCAAUUACAGGCAAAAGGACAGUGUCAUUACCUGCACCAUCAGCAAUUACACCACCCAGAGAUAAAGCAGGAAGAGUGAUGUACUCUCCAAUACCUGCCCAGCCACUGCCAUUGACUUCAAACAGUACAUUUGUCCCUUUUUCACAAGAUACUAACAAGAGAGGUCAAUCUGAUCAGGAGAAAACAAUGGAAAGUGAAGAUGACAAAAAUUCUCCAUCAGAAACUGUGGAAGAUGGUACUGAAGUAAAAGUGGAAGAGAAUUUGCAACCAAAGGAGGAUCAAGAUGUAUACACAAAAGAUAGACAAACUGAACCAACAGAGUUAACUCCUAAAGUGAUAUUACCUCCAGUUCAACUGAAUACAAUUCAGAUUUCUGUCUAUCCCUGGCAGUGUUUGUUACCGCAACUCUACCAUGUGCCUGUGAACAGCUCGCAUCAGAAGGAAACAUAUGAUGUUAAUGUCUCAUCACAUGGAGGACAAAGCACCACUAAUGAGCUGACUAAAAUGGACAGAAAUGAAAACCCAGGAAGUAUGUCACUGGUAGGAGGUGAAGGUGCUAAUCAUGGUAUAGGAGGGGACAGGAAGUUAGAAAACAAAACAUCUGUCACUAGUGGACCAAACACAAGGAAAAGAGCACGGUCCACCUCCUUUAGUUCUCAGGAUGAAGGAAAACCUCCUGCCAAGAUACCAGCACCUAGUUAUCAAGCCAAGCAGGAGAAGGAACAUAUUCGCCGUCCAAUGAAUGCCUUUAUGAUCUUUAGCAAGCGUCACAGGGCUCUUGUUCAUCAGAAACACCCUCACCAAGAUAACAGGACUGUGAGUAAGAUUCUGGGUGAAUGGUGGUACAACCUUCCUGCUAAAGACAAACAGAAAUAUGUGGACCUUGCAGCCCAGGUCAAAGAAGCUCAUUUUAGGGCUUACCCACACUGGAAGUGGUGUACAAAGGACAGAAAGAAGUCUCCUCGCAAAGUCUCUGACAGAACAGAGUCAAGUGAUUCAGUGGGGGGAGAUGGAGUGGAAUUAAACAAUAAUGAAGCACAAGAGGGCGUUUUUGACAAUGAGAAUGACGAAACAAUCGAUACUAAACCAAGGCUCAGAAGUAAACGUUCAUUGAGCACACCAGCACAUGAACAGGAUCCAUGUCUGAAGGAAGCUGUACACAGGCCCUACACCCCACAGCCAGUCCCAACAACACAGCAUUCACUCUUUGAGCUUGCACAGAUGUGUUCCGAGUUAGAUGAUAAGACCAACCCUAAGCAACCAACAAAGCCACCAGUGUCAAACAAUAAACACAUCACAUUUGAACAAGGGACCAAUGAUGGGAUGAGUGAAUCAGAGGAUGAUGAUAUUGGCUCCGAGGAACUGAUGUGCAAUGAGAACAUUGAUGUUAAUGACAAAGAGUCGGAUGACUCCGAUGAGGAGGAGCUGACCAACAGGGUGUUUCCACAGCAGAGGUUCUCUCCAGUACCUUUUACGGCAAGACGAAGCCAGACACCAGACCUUGGCAAGAUCAGGUAUUCCCCUAUUGAAUUCCCUGCCAAGAGAGCCGUGACCCCGAACAUCUAUGAACAAAUGAUCUCUAAAAAUCACUCACAGGACAUUUCUGGCAAAACGGCGUCCAAAGUGGUGGACUUUAGUUUCAGGGCACCAAAAGGGCUACCUCAUUCAAAUAAAAGUAUGGACAGAACCACUGAAACUGCACCAUCGCAGAGCAGUCAGUUCGUACGCCCAAAGCUGCCGAUGGCAAAGACGUCCUCUCCAGGACUAAAAGUCAGUGGCUAUUUUCAGCCAACUGGUUCAGUUUUUAGACCAAGCCAACCGUCUAGUGGUACUGCAAGCUCUAAGAAUGCGAUGUGUGCCAAUGAGAGUGCCCCCAAAGCUGCUGUGAGCACAUCUGACGUAUCUCAUGCGUCAUUUUCACAACCGGUGCUAUUCCCAAGUAACUUUACUAAAUACUCUCCCGCUACAAAUUUGUCUUCGACAAGUUAUUCCGCACACGGAUCACAAGUGAAACCAUACAGAGGAACCAGUCAUGCUGGGAUGGAGCCAAGCAAAAGUCAGACCGACAAAGUGAUGGAAAGUGCGCAAAAGGUUCCAGUCACUGGUCAAAACGAAACAAGGCAAUCACAAGGAGCCACGUGCGUAUCUACCGCUGUUCCACUGGCCAAUCAAGUGGCUUGGGCAGGUGCUUCAGAUUCCAGUUUCUUAUCUCCCCUAACAGUCUCUGUGGCUACUCACACUGCUCCACCAUUUCACAAAAGUAGUAAAACUACACUGGCUCUUUCACCAGUUGCCAAAGGGGUUCAGCUGAAGCCAAUUGCACCAAUGUUGUCCCCUCCGUUGUUGGCCUCAUCUCCCAGUGGGGAAAAAGCAUCCCAGAGAGUUCUUCUCGCCAAAAAGCCAACAGGACACCCUUCAGGAAAAAUGGAGGCAAAUCGAAGUAUGCAACAAGGUUUUCUCUCCCAUGGAGGGUUGGGUUAUUGCAAUAUAAGCACUGCUGAACUACAUGCGGGUACUCCACUUCUACAAAACCCGCCAAAGCCAGCACAAGGCUCCUAUCACCGACAAGCUCAUGUCGGCAACAGUAACGUGCCACCACGAUCCGCCCCGCUGUCUCCGAAGGUGCCGUCAGCCAGUGCGUCCCUCUUGUCCCCAAAAGGGGGUAAAGGUAUCCCAGAGACCUUUCCCAAAACUGAGGCUGCUGCGACCUCAACAAGUUAUGCACAAGGUCACCCAAGCAGCCACAGACAACCCAGCAAGCCUCAGCCUGAUAACUGCAGUGAAGGACAAGCAAAUCUUGAGAGAAGUGAUAUACACACAACCCAGCAAUUAGGAAAGCCUAUACUCAAGAGGUUUAUAGCUGACGGAAUGGAGGAAGUCUUAUCUGAGGUGAAUUUCGAGAGGCAAUUUGCGCAGCUUCCCGAAUAUUCGCCUUACCAUCGCCAAGCUCGGGAUGGCAGGUCAACAAACAACAAGCGUGGGGUCUUGACAGCAAGUAAACCGAACGCUGACGAUUCUGGCAGUCAAUCACCUUCUCAGGAAAGGUCGUCUUCUGGUACCGGUUCAUCAGAAGAAAGCUUUCAUGGCGCAGGUCACCGCACAACGAGCAUGCCAAGUCUUGACGCGCUGGCAGAGGUCGCCGUCCUGGAACAAGGACUGAAGGAUGCUGAUAGGGAAGACAAGACAGAACCAGGCAGUCCCACUCUCUCUCCUCAUAAGAAGCCAAUGGAUCAGAGACGUGCCGUGGUUCUUCAGCUGUUUCAGGAUCAUGGCUACUUCCCUUCUGAUGCAGUGACGACUGUCUGUCAGCAGCGGAAUGCAGAUCUCUUCCAGACGAAGGGAGCGCUGCAACUCAAGAUACGAGAAGUGCGACAAAAGAUCAUGCACAAGAGUGGUGGAGGAAAUAGCAAUACAUGGACAUGAUUGCAUAAAAUGUUCGUAGUUUGGCCGAACUCUAGUACCCAGUUGACGUGCGUUCAAUUUAUGUAAGGACAGCUAUACAAAUGGCAAGAAGUAGGACACAUUGACUCUCUAUAAAGUAUGUUACUUAGUGCCAUUUACUUACAGGACUUCCAUACGUUGUCCACCCCCUAAAAAGCACUUAACUACUAUAGGAAAGUACCGUAUUUCCUCGAAUAGAUGCCUGGGCGCUUAUUUACAAUUUCGGCUUAAAGGAGGGGCGCUCAAUAGAGGAAAGUGCUUAAUCAAGGGGUGUGCUGUGUGCUUAUCAAGAAAUUAUUCACCUGUACUGAUUCCGUGGCAGGUUUUCCUUGUAUCCCUACCAUUUAAGAAAUAAGGGAAAAGGGUGGGUGCUUAUUCUAGAGGGGCGCUUGUUUGACAGAAUGACCUCGUGGGUUGACGCUUAUUUUGGGAAGGACGCCUAUCAGAGCGUUCACAUAUAUUCGAGGAAAUACGGUAUUCCCAUAACUAUACAUAACAGGUUAUUUAUCUUCUUUCACCGGUGAUUUCUGCUGUGAUUCCAGUUAAUGGACUUCGUUAUAGCAUUAUAUGAUAAGCUGAAAUAUACACGCAAUUUGAUUGGUUCUUACUUACGAUCUAUUUAAGGACAGACGUAUAGAUGAAGUCAUCAUUAACAUUUUGCUUCUUUUAUCUUAUAAAACAAAUAGACUGCAUGUUGCCAUGGGUCUGUGCAAUAACUGAUAACAGAAGACGUCAAAUGUGGUGAGGAUAUCAGGGACGCACUCAGCUGCGCCUUUUUUUUUGUUCGUACCACAUUUUGAUGUCAUCUGCGAACUUUUACAGGCGCUUAGCAACUUGGAAUCUGCAUGUUUAAUAUAGUUCAGUUAGUACGCCCCGCAGUGGUGUACUUCUCGUGUUUGUGUUACUGAAAGCUUAUGAUGUAGUGUUACAUAUGUAAAUUAACUUCCAUUAAGUUGUUACAGUGGAGACAGGUCUUGCUAUGUGUAGGCCAAAAGCAGUUUUAGAACUGUACUUAGCCUAGCUUUCUUACCGCUAAGGUAUAUUGCUAUUUUCAAAGGAGACUUGUGCGAAUUGUUGCUUGUUUUGUUAUUGGUCACCAUAAGGUAUUUAUUGACUGCGUGUUAGUCGCCAUGUUGAAUGUUAUUGAUUUAGUGCUCGGUCCUUCAACGAUUGUUUGCGAAGGAGGAACUCGAAACAUCUUCGGAAGAUUCCAUUCAAAAUGGCGUCUGACACGUGUUCAUUAUUGAGUGAACUUGUUGUAUGGUGUGUUUUAUUUAUUGAGUUCAGAGACGUGGUGUGUAUAGUUGUAAGAUAAAUGCGAUGGCUUAAGUGAUUUGAGGAUGGAUGUACAUAUGAUGGAUUAAUUUGUUUUUAUCGCCCAUAGAUAGUUAUAUAGUAUGGAGUCUGUUGUUAUGGAAUUUUAAUGAUUAAUGAAGUAAGGUAUCAGUAUGGAGUUAGGAAAGAUUUUCAGCUAAUUAUGCUUUUAAUGAUAGUAUUGCGUGAGUAUGAUUAAGUUUGUGUCAUUUUUGCCUUUCCACAUUCAAAGAACUUUACAUUAGUUGCGUGACAGAGAGUGUUUUAAAUUUUUUAUUACAUCUGAAUGAGCGUGACUUACGUGACUCUUCGGUCACUGGAGGCUAUGGCGGCUCUGUGAGAUUUAAUCGAGUUUUUGCUUCUCUUUGAUCGAUAAAUUCGCAACUUAGGUGGUAAAAUAUCCAAAUGCAUCGGAUGAACCGAAUAAUUUGAGAAGUGGCCACUAUCUCAUAGUGCCGUCAGUCCGUGGCAUUUAACGAUGCAUGGAAACCAGUAGGGGCGAGAAGUGUAAGCAGCAGGUUG